AUGGGUUCCAUGGUCCUUCCGCAUCUCCAGAAUGCCUGGCAGGUUGAUCAGGCCAUUCUCUCCGAAGACGAGCGAUUAGUCGUAGUGAGGUUCGGCAGAGACUCCCAUCCUGACUGCCUACGACAGGAUGAUGUCCUGUCCAAGAUUGCAGACCGCGUCAAGAACUUCGCUGUCGUUUACCUGUGCGACAUAGAACAGACGCCAGAUUUUAACGCCAUGUAUGAAUUAUACGACCCGAUGACGAUAAUGUUCUUCUUCAGGAACAAGCAUAUGAUGUGCGAUUUUGGAACUGGUAACAAUAACAAGCUCAACUGGGUUCUCGAAGAUAAGCAAGAAUUGAUUGACAUUAUCGAAACAAUCUAUCGCGGUGCGAAGAAAGGCCGCGGUUUAGUCGUCAGUCCUAAGGACUACUCGACCCGGUACAGAUACUAG